GUCAGACUGAUGGCAAAAAAACAAAACAAUAACUGAAAUGUGACCAAAACUACGUCACUGCAAAUUAACAUGCAAUACAACCUUUGAAAUCGGCAAAUGUGCAAUAUUAUGUCUCUCUUAUUAUUUUUGCACUGUUUCUAGCUCUCUGUGUACCAACUCACAUCUUUUUUGUACUUAACAGUAUUAAUAUUAUUAUUUUCUGGUGUAUUAUAGACUUCUCUAUCCAUGUCCUGCGAUUCUUCUUUCUUUUCCCUAAUCUAAACCGUGACUCUGAGAGUUUUGCACAAGAAUUCCAAUUUGUUUCAAUGUAAGUUGACGCCUACAUGUUACUAAAACGUCUGGUUGAGGACUUCCCGAGCUGCUUGCAUCAUCUCAUCUACUUUCAUGACAAACAAAACUGCCGCCCUGAAAUAGAUGAAUACGUAGCAUAAAGCUGAAGCUCAAUUGGGUUCAAAUUAAAUGUUGACUGCAGGACUGCAGUAACCUCCUGUGCAGCCGCACUCUGUCCUCCUCUCUCACAGUUUCAUCAUCCGUCCUGCAGGUCUGCCCCCCCCCUGCCGCUCUGGCUGACCUGCCUGCUUGCUCCAGGUUGCUGGUUCAAAUGGACCUUGGUGCCGCUCAGCUGUUCUGUGUCGCCUGGUUCCUGGAGAGCGUCCUGGCCCUGGUGUGUGUCGGAGUGACGGUGACACACAAGGAGCUGAAACUGUGUGAGGAAGAUGAGCGAGUGUGCGUCAGCGACCUCAGGGACUGUGGAGCGCACCCACCUCCAUCCCUGCAGCAGAACCUGAACAUGUCCUGUUACUACCAGCAGUCUGCAGACGAUACCAGUUCCAUAAGCUGUGAGUGGAGUGAGGAGCUGGGCUCUCACAGCUCUGACGUCUCUCUGACCUUCAGCAGACGGAACAAAGUCAUAUCGUGUCAGGGCAUCUUCAACCCACUGGCUGUCUUCAGCGUCACGGCUAGGAUAAAGAACCCGCUGACCGGGACAGAGAUCUGGUCUCGGCCUCAGACUGUGUCUCACCCUAAAGAGAAACCCUUUCCACCUGUGGUAACUGUGCUGGCCUCCACCCACGACUCGCUUGUUGUGUCCUGGAAAAGCAACACAUAUGGGAACUGUCAGCUUCGUCAUAGACCCAGCAGGACGCCGGCGUGGACACAGGUUCCAGAUUUCUUCUCGAUCCAUUCGGGCCAGAACCUGAACUUCAGCAUCACAGGCCUCUCACCUUUCACAGAGUACAGAUGUGCUGUGGCCUGCAGAGGGGACUCCGGCAUCUGGAGUGACUGGAGCUCUGACGUCAGAGGAAAGACACUGGACAAAGAACCGUCCAGGCUGGCAGAGGUCUGUUACCGUGUGGAGGAAACCACGUCUAGAGAAGCUCUCCGUCUUCAUCUGGUCUGGAAGGCUGCAAACCCUCAAAAGGGCGAAGGUCGCGUUUUGUGGUAUGAGCUGAGCGUGGAGCCGGGCGGAAAAACUCGAAACAUCACAGAGACAACAGCACUCCUGGUGGUCAAAGAGGGAAACUACAGCGUCUCUGUUCGUGGCUUCAACACAGCUUGUUCUGGUCCAACAACACAUGUGCAGAUAGACACACAGAGACGGAGCAAUCCCCCCUCUGUCAGGAACCUGUGGGUGAUCAGCUGUUAUCCAGAGAACCGUACGCUUCAGGUGGAGUGGGAGAUCAGCGCUGCAGUGAGCCAUGUCAUCGUCCAGCUGCGCUCCGACGCCAGUCCGUCCACCAGCCGAUGGCUCAGAGUCCACGGGUCCACCACCUCUGCUGGUCUGCCAGACGUUGAAGCUGAUGAGUCGUACCAGGUCACCGUGUUCCCCGUCCAGAACCAGCAGUGUGGACCGGCCCGGUCUCUGAGCGCCAGUCUGCCGCAUGGAGCACUGAUAGAGGCGGUUGGCCUGAAGGUCCUCAGAGUGACAGAAGCAGAGGUCACCAUCAAGUGGGCGUGGCAGCCCAAGUCUGGACCAAUCAGAGUGAGCAGAUACAUGGCGGCACUGCGAGGAGACCCACACAGCAGAGCUUGGAGAUUAUUUCCGGACGAGAACCAGCACACCUUUGUCAACCUGACCCCCGACACAGAGUACACCGUCCUGCUGCUGGCUGACAGCCGUCCCGUGAGCUAUGUGGCUGUGAAAACAGAUCUCAGUCAGGGGCCGGGCGCCGUGGCGAUUGCGACUCCUCUGCUGCUGGCGGUCGCUCUCUUGAUCCUGUCCGUUCUGUCCAGGACUGUGUUCAGGUCCCUCUGCUUCCCGCCUGUGUCGAGCCCUCGAGGAAGCACAGCCGGCCUCUGGCUGAUGAACUCAGACCGGCAGAUGUUCACUGGGAGCAUCCUGGACACUGCAGACUUCCAGGUGACGGAAGCUCUUGCAGAGAAGACGCUGUUUUCUGUUGACCUGAGCGUACAUCGACCCUCUGAAGAAGCCCUGGAUGAAGACUUCUCUCCAGCGGCGGUCAGCAGCCGCCAUGACCAGCUGCCGGCGCUCUCACUGUUUGCUGCGCAGAUCACAGAUGAGACUGCCGAGCAUCUCCAUCAGCGUGAAUAUGACCUCUGUCGGUCUCAGGAAGACGAAGAGGGUUGUCCGUUUCGUGAACUCCUGCUUGAUGGAUUCUGCGGUGGCCUGAUGACGGAGACUCUGGGAGGACAGAGCUGCUCUCCUCUCAUGUGUGAGACGGAGUAUCUGUCCAACAGCUGCUUCCAGGUGGAAACGGAAGAUUAGAGCGACCAGAGCGACUGCUCAGGGGAGCCAGUGGAGACCCCUCCUCCCCCAAAUACACCCUGUGAUGCUGCUUUCCAGAACAAGUCAGGAAGAUGAACUGAAAACACAUGUGAAGCAGCUUCUAGAUGUUACCGUCAUGAUGGUAGUUUUAUCUACAUUUUUCUGAUAGCAAUGUGCAGCAAAAAUGGAUUAUUUAGCAUAAAAAGGCUAUCAUAUUAUUUUAGAAAUUACAGCUAUGCUUAAUUUGAUCAGAUAAUGUACCCACUUCUGUGGAACCUGCAGGAAAAUACCAGGAUGCUAACAUUUUUCCAAAGAAGAUGGAACAUUUUUAUUUUUAUGAAUAAACAUGUUUUCUGGUUUCAUAAAACACGUUUGAUGCAAGGCAGCUGGUCUUUUGAGAAUGUGAAGAGGUUAGAGGUCAUUUUGGAUAUGACUCCCACUGUUGUACAGCAGGCGACUGGCAUUUCAUUGCAUUCUGUUUCCAUGGAAUCAAAUCCCAUUUAGAGUUGUACAGGCUACACUGUGUUUUACCUAGGUUAACAUUUUUCAAGCACAAUGAGAAGAGAUUUACGAGGAAAACAUUCACAUGAGGUUAAAAGUGAACUCUAAUGUCUGAGAGUAAAUGCGAGCAGAGAUCCAGAGACAGGAGUAGGGAUUUGGCGAGACAUUUACAAGUUACAGCAUUUAAAGACCCACUCCGAGGAAAAGGAUGUUUUUGACAUGUUCUGCUUUUUUCUGAUGAAGGACAAACAUAAAGAAACUUAAGCCUAAAAA